AGAUCACCGUUUACCGCUGCUCUCAGUUCUAAUCUCCUCUAUCAAAGCUCAACACAAUCUCCGAAGAUUGAAAGCUAAAUCGGUGCCCUAGCCUGCUGAAGAUGGCCUCACUUGAUACCGACGUCGAUAUGGUUCCCGCCGGCGAUGGAUCCUCCGGCGCCGGGCCCUCCACCAUCAAUCCCUCAUCGUCCACCAAGAAACCAAAGCGAUUCGAGAUCAAGAAGUGGAACGCCGUCUCUCUCUGGGCUUGGGAUAUCGUGGUCGAUAAUUGUGCCAUUUGCAGGAAUCAUAUCAUGGAUCUUUGCAUUGAGUGUCAGGCUAAUCAGGCCAGCGCAACAAGCGAGGAAUGCACAGUUGCAUGGGGUGUAUGCAAUCAUGCCUUCCACUUCCAUUGCAUUAGCAGAUGGCUCAAGACCCGUCAAGUUUGUCCUCUGGAUAAUAGCGAGUGGGAGUUUCAGAAGUAUGGUCACUAGAAUUAUAAUUUGUACUUUCUUCUAGACUGGAUAUGUAAACUUGUGAGUUUUGGGAAGUAUGGGCACUGCUGUAAAAAAUUUAAAUUUCUUCAGGUCCAUUUAUGCAGCAAAUAUGCUUGUAAUAUGCUUGAGGACUUCAAUUGUCGUGCAUGGUAUUUGAAAUCAUGUUGCAAUU